GACACAGUGAAAUCUCGCAAAUUAUCUACUUACUAUCAAUUAAUAUUUGCCCAAAUACUAUCACCAGUUUAUCAAAAUCGAGCUCAAAUUCUCUCCCAUAUAACAAUAGACACUUUCCACUUUCCUGAAUAUGGGUUCCAUAACCCAAGCCCGCCUCUACUUCAUCGACCUAGACUUGUCCUCACACCCCCAUCAAAACGGCCGCAUCCUCACCAGCAACACAGACGGCACCAACCUCACAACCCUAGUAUCCGGCCUCAAACACCUACCAGACGGCAUCGUAGCCGAUCCUCAAAAUGACCAUCUCUACUGGACAAACAUGGGAGCCUCAAUGUCCAAUCCAACCGACGGCUCAAUCCAAUGCUGCAACAUCUCAGAUGGUAGCCAUAUCACAACCAUCGUCCCGGAAGGACUUCUCCACACACCUAAACAGCUAACGCUCGUCCGGCCUCAUAACCCAAGCGAAAGCGCGAGGUUGUACUGGUGUGAUAAAGAGGGGAUGCGGGUUAUGAGGUGUAAUCUCGAUGGCUCGGAUAUUGAGACUUUAAUACAAACUGGUUUUGGAGAGGAAGAUAGGAAGGAUAAGAGGAAUUGGUGUGUCGGUAUUGCGGUACAUACUAAAUCGGGAUUCAUGUAUUGGUCUCAGAAAGGCGGUUCGAAGGCGAACCAAGGUCGGAUUUUGAGAGCUCCCAUACAAUUUCCUGAUGGUCAGUUGCCGGAUAAGAGGACAGAUAUUGAGACGCUAUUGGAUGGUCUUCCGGGGCCAAUUGAUUUGCACAUCGAUGAUGCGGGGAGGAAUCUGUAUUGGACGGAUAGAGGGGAUUCUCCAAGCGGGAACUCGGUCAACACUUUGGAUUUGGAAGCGGACAGAAAUGGGAAAGGGGAGGGGAUCUACAAGGAGAAGGUCCUGACGAGGAAGUUACAUGAGGGCAUUGGAUUGGCGGUUGACGAGGAGGCAAAGAUGAUGUAUUUCACUGAUUUAUGUGGAGGUGUCUAUUCAGCGAAGUUAAAUGGGACUGAGAAGAAAACUCUUUUUGAGGAUGUGGGAGAUUGUACUGGUAUUGCUGUUGUGCCCGCUUAUUUAAUAGACAUGUCUUUACUAUUGAGGGAGAGUUGUUUACACAGUUAG